CUAAACGGGGAAGGAGUGCGUACAGCAGGGUAACCAAAAUAGAAGAAGACUGAAGCAGCGUUUCUGCGUUGUGAUCACAGCUCUGUUUGUUGCACCUGCUCGUUUCCCUAAACCGCAUCGGCGGAGAACCGACAGAGAAUCCCCGGGCUCUCCAAUCUUAUGGCAAGAUGUCAGACAUCGGGGACUGGUUUAAAAACAUCCCUUUCAUCACUCGUUACUGGUUUGCUGGCUCAAUUGCAGUGCCGCUAAUAGGGAAGCUGGGAUUAAUCAGUCCUAUGUACCUGGUGUUAUGGCCGGAGGCGUUCUUUCAUAAAUUCCAGAUAUGGAGACCAAUAUCUGCAACACUGUAUUUCCCAGUUGGCCCAGGGACAGGUUUUCUAUACCUGGUUAAUUUGUAUUUUCUCUACCAGUACUCCACAAGGCUUGAAACAGGAGCCUUUGAUGGAAGACCAGCAGACUACAUGUUCAUGCUUCUCUUCAACUGGAUUUGCAUUGUGAUAACAGGCCUAAUGAUGGAUAUGCAGCUCCUAAUGAUCCCUUUGAUCAUGUCUGUUCUGUACGUCUGGGCUCAACUAAAUCGUGACAUGAUUGUAUCUUUCUGGUUCGGCACCAGAUUCAAGGCUUGUUAUCUCCCUUGGGUCAUUCUGGGAUUCAACUAUAUCAUCGGUGGAUCCGUUGUCAACGAGCUGAUUGGGAACUUAGUUGGUCACCUCUACUUCUUUCUGAUGUUCAAAUACCCCAUGGAUCUUGGUGGACGGUCCUUCCUCUCCACCCCACAGUUCCUGUACCAGAUGCUCCCAAAUCGGCGAGGUGGGGUUUCUGGUUUCGGCGUUCCUCCAAGCAGGAGACCUAUGCCCCAAGAGCAGGCAGGAGGUGGCGGAGGAGGAGGAGGAGGAGGUGGGCGCCAUAACUGGGGUCAAGGCUUUCGGUUGGGGGAUGACUAAAAAGUCUUGACUCUACCAUCAGUGGAGAAAUACAUAAACUUCUAACAUCAAUGCUGCAGAAUAUGAAUUUUAUAUGUUUUGGGUUUGUGUUUGUUGCAUUUCUUCUGACCCAAAAGGAAAAGUGACGGGGUUUCUCUUUCCCAGCGUUACAUGUUUUCCUUUUACUCUCGAUGUCAUAUCACACUGUUAUUGAGUUUCACAGUGUGUACAGAAACUCUGCAAAAAUAUGUGCAGUAGCAGAGUUGGUGUAAUUGUAGGAAAUUCAGGGGACUUUGAUUGUGUUUCCCGUAAUAUGACUACAUCUUUCAGCAUAUUCAUGUUACAUGCUCAGUCAAAUGUAGCUAAUUAAUUUCUCUAUGAACUGAUCAGUAUAGAUUGUAAUAGCAUGGUUGUUUAGAAAUGGAUUUCAAAUCUUUUUUUUUUUUUUUUUUUUUUCAUCACCUCAUUUGUCUAAAUUAAUUGUAAUUUUCUUAAGCGUUACUUAUGCUUUACGUUUGCGAAUUAACCGAAUUACCAAUCAGAACAUGCAGAUGAAAUUGCUGUGCACAUUUCAGUCUGUUUUAUACAUGUAUGCAUAUUUCCAUCUGUUUUAUGUUUAGAUGACAGCUUUGAGUAAAGUUUAUCAAACCAUUUCCAGUAAAACUGCCAUGCACUUUUCACACAUUACUGAUGAUCAAACUAAGUUAAGAUUUAUCUUACAAUACAUACACAUGCUAUCCGACAGCAAACAGAAACCAAGGUUUUAUAAUUAUUUGUACUCUGAAAGAUAUCACUUUUGUUGCUAUAUUUGGUUUUAGUAAGCACUAAAUUACAUUUUGAUAUUAUGUCCCUCAACACAUUGCUGGAUAAAGGUGCUUUACAAAAUCCAGAUACCUUUAUGUGUAUAUGGUGUAUAAUGGUGAUAGUCAUAUUGAAGUUAUACAAAGUGACCUCUUGCCAAAAUCGUUAAGUUACUACAAACCACAAUCUUUACUAAAAUGUUCAGCUCUUUAUUAUUGCUAUAUCAUUGAGUGCUUGUUCAAUUACCGAUGCUACAAAUAAACUGUAAACAGCAACUGUGCUCACUAAUUUGAGUACAUUGAUUUCAGUGUCUUGAGGGACACACUCAGGAUACAGGCGCCUUAAAGCUGCAUUUUAAUUUUGCAGCACUCUGAAAAGAAAUUUACUGUAAGAAAAUUAGCAGCUCCUAAUGAAACUGAAGCUCUAGGGUUUUUUUAACUUUUUAAUUUUCACUUUGGCAAUGCUUCUGAUGUGUGAACAAUGAGACUCGAAACAGGCUUUCAAUCAGUUGUGUUUUAUUGAAUUACAGCAGACUGGUUCUUAUAAAGAGCAAGCAGGAUUCUUGGUAGCAGUACAGUAUUCCUGAUACAUGUCUGAACAUGACACUAAAGCAGCUGCAGGAAAAAGAAAUACACUUAAGCGAGCUGAAAGCAGUUCACAGCUGAGUAGUGGAAAAAUGGAUCUACGUGUUGGAUACCAGGAAAAGCCAACAUGAUACAGAUAAAUUUGCAGUUACUGUAAUAUUGCCAGAAAUUAGCCUAUAACUACAAAUAAACAUGUGCUGUGCA